UCUCCUCCACUGACUGACAUGUAAGUCGUGACAUCCAAACCCCAUAGCAACAGAAGGCUAUUCUGAAGGCACAGGACAGUAGUUUUUAGCUUACCAUGGCUAUACGAGGAAAUCCAUAAAAGAGUCAAGUGGCUUGAAAAUUUCAAAAGGAAAAAAGGCAAAAUCCAACUAAAAACUGACAGUGUUCAAACAACAAAUUAUUUAUUAUACAAAUGUUUUGAAGAAACAAGUCAAGAUUAGAUAAUGCCUAUUAGUAUUACGAUCUCUAUUCGUGAAGAAUAUUUCAUGGCAAUGAUCUUGUAUCCUGUCAUCUGAUCUCCGUAACACCAAAAAUCUUUUAAUAAAUAUGAAUAAAAGCUCAUUUGAAAGAAGUAGCCAAGUCACAACUUAAAGGAAUUUGUUUACACCUUACUCAAAUAAAAGCCUAGUACUAGAUCUCUCCUUAUAUGUAUCACUGAGUUCAUAACAAUCUUUGAACUACAUGAAAAGAGACACCUCUUUUUUAGAAAGAAAUCAUUCUUAUCUCCAUUAGAAAAAAAAUUGAUAAAGCCAUGUGAUACUUUCCUUUGAAUAUUUUCAAGGAAUCAUUUUUAAAUGUGAGAUGUGGCUGCUUAUGUCUCUUCAUUCAUCAGGCACUCGAACAGGCUGCCCAGGGAGGUGAUCGAGUUGCCUUCCCUAGAGGUGUUUAAGGAACGGGUGGAUGAAGUUCUUAGGGACAUGGUGUAAGGGAGUGUUAGGAAUGGUUGGACUUGAUGAUCCAGUGAGUCCUUUCCAACCUGGUGAUUCUAUGAUUCUUCGAUAGCUGAGCAAUUUUAAGGGAUUUUCACAAUCAAUCAUAGUCAAGUCCCAGAGUUUGCCACCUACUCAGAGUUGCACAUGAAGAAACUCUUUGUGAAGACAUGUCAAAACCUUUGAUCCAUGGAACUUAAAAAGCAGGAUUGGGGGAGGUAAUUGUUUUUUUCUUUUUCAAGGCAAAGAGUUAAGGACCAAUGCUGACAGUACUCUAACCUUUAUAAAAUGUAAAAUAUCACAGGAAGGGCAAAAUUCAAAAAAUACCCAAAACAAUGCAACAUAACAAGGGGAAAUUACCAGCAUUUAAUAGACCUUCAAAUCGGGAGUUGAAUGAAGAGUUCAUUAGACUUUGAUUCAGGUCUGGCUGCAGUUACAGUUACUUGGUUAGGUUCAGUACUGCCUCGGUGAACCAAAGAAAUACUCCCCAAAAAACUGAGAAACUAACUCAAAUUAGUUUUAAUUUCAAUAAUAUACAGUUUUCAAUGAUAGUCCAAAUGAAAACUGUUGCCAUUUUGGCAAACUGUCAAAGACAGUUUUUAUUGCUGUAGUUACACAUAUACUAUACACCACAUUUACUGCUACUCUGAAAAAGUGAAGAGCAUUUUCAUAAGUUUUUAAGCCUUUGGAAAGCUGCUCCAUAGUACGGUACUACAGUUUUGGGUUUUUUUCCAGUGGAGGAGCAAAAAGGUGAGGAGUAGGAAUUCUGUGAGGAGUUAUGGCAGGUGUCAAAGAGGUCCAGAAGAACCUGGCAGUGUAUGGCAAAAUGGUCAGCCAUUCAAAGCAGAAAUUGUAUUAUUUCCAGACUAUCCAAUUGCAAGCAGCCCACCUGAAUCAAAAGUAUUCUCCAGCACCUAUGAAGUAGGUAAUCCUCUGUCAUUCCAAAGGUAGCUUCCAGAAGCCAUCAUGUUGCCUUUCAAAGGCAGAGGUGGAGUGGUAAGGUAUGUGCCUGGAUUUUGUUCAGAAGAAAAACACACAAACAAUCUGACAUCUCAGGAAUAAACAGCUUUAUCCUGUACGCUCGUAGGAUGAGGUCUCAAGCCCAGAGAUGUUUCACGUGUUCAUUUUUUUUUUAGAAGUAGAGCUGGGCCAGCACUACGUUGCUGUUUCAGAGAGAAGAACGGAUUGCUCUCCCAGGCCAGUGCAGAGGAGCCCAUGGCUAGUGACCUCCGGGCUGGUAUUAGCCACAGAGACCAGCAGGGAUCCCUUGUGGCCUGAUGAAAAUUAUACCCAGGGCAACACAGGCUGCCCCCAAGACUGGGAAGAAAAUAGGGGGAAAUGCUACUUCUUUUCUCCAAAACAGAAAAUAAAUGACUGGAAUGCCUCCCGUCAAGAAUGCACUGACAUGAAUUCAGACUUGGUGAUCAUUGACAAUGAGGAAGAACUACAUUAUCUUUAUUCACAAUCAAGACAUAGUUACUACUUACUUGGUCUUGUGUACCAUGAGACUGAGAAGAAGUGGAAGUGGAUUAACAACAUGGAACACAGCACAGACAUGUUUGCGAUAGGAGGAGAUUUUACUGACUAUUUCUGCGCUGUCAUUGGAUUUCACGAAGUAGAAACUGCACCUUGUAGUGGAGCCCUAACAACACAAAAUAUGUGUGAAAAAGCUGCAAAUAUUUCAGAAAGGCAGAAGGAAGAGCUAAAACCAAGAGGUCCAGGCAGGACUGUCAUCCCCAGCCUCCUGUAGGAAUGGCAGAUGGGAUUUGUCUCAUUUCUCUUUAGCCGCCUAAAUAUCUAGUUAAAGGAAACCUUACAGGCUGCCUCUAGACACCUUGCCAAGCAUAGCACAUUCUUUCCCAAGGUGGGUGUCUGAGACUGGAUGAAUCCCCCUCUAGAGGAGCCUGCAUCUUCACCCAUUAGGAGUCUGGGGUACUUGGUCAUACCAGAUGCCUUACUUUCAGACAGUCACUGUAAGGUGAUGUGGCUCCAACCUUGGUGAUAGGUGUGAUCACAAAUAGAUCCUAUUUCUCAUAAACAUGUGCAUAUAUACCCAUACAUCCACAGCCCUGCUUGUGCAUAAGGAGACACUUCAAAACCUUGCCAUUCACCAGUCUUCCCUGCAGCCACAAGUGAAGUUUAACACAUAUUUAUAUUUUGCAUCCUGUAAAAAAGUGCAACCACGCUCAUCACCAUGUGCCAUAGACAUGACCGAUGUGGCAAAGUCAAAUAUGUGUGUGUGUACAAAGUUCACUCUGUAAAAGACCAUCUCUGUUAAAAAAUCACGCUGGAUACCAAACCCUCUGGGGUUAAAAUGCACUGGAAUAGGCUGCCCAGGAAGGUGGUUGAGUCACCUUCCCUGGAGGUGUUUAAGGGAUGGGUGGAUGAAGUGCUGAGGGGCAUGGUUUAAGGGAGUGACAGGAAUGUUUGGACUCGAUGACCCAGUGGGUCCCUUCCAACCUAGUGAUUCUUGAUUCUAUGAUUCACCACAGCUCUGUGCAUAAAAUCACCACUAGUCCUGUGUAGGUCAAAGAAAGUUUGUCAGAUUCAGAUCUAGCUCCGCUGAGGAGAUGCAUAGGAUGAAGAGCAGCAGAGACCACCAAAUCUUGAAAAACAGAGUCACAAUAAUACCUUCAACUGGACAGAAAAUACUCAAAUAAAAGAACACAUUUAUCUGUAAAGAAUCUGGUGAAAAUUAUGAGGAUGACCUACAGAGAAUGACAAAACAAAAGACUGUCCUGGUUUGCUUGAAUAAUAAUCAAAGGAGAAAAUCAGGCUUUUUUUUGCACAGAAGAAUUGGUGUCAGCAGCAGAAAAAGGUGGUACCAGUAGAUCAGAGAUGUUACCAGCAAACAGUGAAUAUUACCAAAGCUCUUCCAAUGUGCUUCAGCAGCUCUCGGAUCCCAGAGGCUUUUAUGAUUCUGAAGAUUAUAAAUCUUACCAUGUCCUUUGAGGCAGAAUCAUUCCUACUAAAAAUGGUGCCAUUCAUGACUCUUUCCUUCAUCUGCAGGAUGCUCUGUGAAUUCCUUGAUGAAGUGACAGUGCUGUGAUGUUUCUCAUAGGAAAAAAAAAUAAAGUUUUUGCUUAAUCAAAGAA